AUGUCCGGCCGCGGCAAGCAGGGCGGAAAGGCGCGGGCCAAGGCCAAGUCGCGCUCGUCGCGGGCCGGGCUGCAGUUCCCGGUGGGCCGCGUCCACCGCCUCCUGCGGAAAGGCAACUACGCGGAGCGGGUGGGCGCCGGCGCCCCGGUGUACCUGGCGGCCGUGCUGGAGUACCUGACGGCCGAGAUCCUGGAGCUGGCGGGCAACGCUGCCCGCGACAACAAGAAGACGCGUAUCAUCCCCCGCCACCUGCAGCUGGCCAUCCGCAACGACGAGGAGCUCAACAAGCUGCUGGGCAAGGUGACGAUCGCGCAGGGUGGGGUGCUGCCCAAUAUCCAGGCCGUGCUGCUGCCCAAGAAGACUGACAGCCACAAGGCUAAAGCCAAGUGAGCACGAGGAAAAGACGCACGUUCUGUUUUCGCGAGUAAAUAAUCCAAAGGCUCUUUUCAGAGCCACCCACAAAAUCUUAAGGGAGCUGUUAUCC